AUGGCUGUGAGUGUGAGCAGUGCUGUGUCCAGACUGCAGACUCUCAAUGGAGUUUUCGCUGUGUUUAAGAAAGAAGGGCCCACGUCUGCGGACGUCCUGAACGCACUCAAAGAGGCGCUGCUCAAAGAGGCUGGGGUCUCGAACCCCAACCCGAGGAAGAGGAAGAGGCAGAGUAUGAAGAUGGGGCACGGAGGCACCCUGGACAGUGCUGCCUGUGGGGUGUUAGUGGUCGGUGUUGGCAAUGGGACCAAAAUGCUCAGUGCGAUGUUGUCUGGGUCCAAGAAAUACACUGCAGUGGGUGAGUUUGGGAAGGCCACAGACACGCUGGACGCCACGGGGACGGUCACUGCGGAGAAAGAUUAUGGGCACAUCACCAGAGCUGAGGUAGAGGAGAAACUGAAGAGCUUUGUGGGCGACAUCCUGCAGGUCCCCCCGCUUUACUCUGCUUUAAAGCGGGACGGGCAGCGUCUGUCGGUGCUGCUGAAACAGGGACAUAAAGUGGAGGCCAAACCCGCUCGAGCUGUCACCGUCUACAGCAUCGUCCUGCAAGACUUCAGCCCUCCGCUUUUCACUCUCGAUAUCGAGUGUGGAGGAGGGUUCUACGUCCGGAGCUUAGUGGACGAUCUUGGCAAAGCGUUGUCGUGUUGUGCUCACGUGAAGUCUCUGAGCAGAACCAAACAGGGGCCCUUCACUUUGGACCAUGUUCUCCGAGAGGAACAGUGGACUUUAGGACAUGUUCUCAAAGUGCUCCAGCCGUGUCCCGCCACAGAACAGACGCCUGCAGCUGCGUCUAAGGCCUGUCCUGGGACAGGUCCUGGGACAGGUCCUGGGACAGGUCCUGGGACAGAUCUCAGCGGCCCCUGA